AUGACAGACCAGGCGAACAGACUGCGCAAGCAAUUGGAAUCAGCUAAUUUCGACCCGCAAAAUUAUGUCAAGCAUCUCUCACAACAGUCUGAUGGCGACAGAGAUUUGCAGGAACAUCGUCAAAAAAUACAGACCCUAGCAGAUGAAACGGCUCAAAACCUGAAGAAAAAUGUCUACAAGAAUUACAGACAGUUCAUCGAAACUGCCAAAGAGAUUUCGUACCUGGAGAGUGAGAUGUACCAACUGAGUCAUAUUUUGACAGAGCAGAAAAGUAUCAUGGAGAGCAUUACCCAGUCUUUGCUCUCAACAGAUAAGGAUGAAACGGCAAAGGAGAUGCUGGCGGCAUUCCCCAAAGAGACAGAGGAAGUGAAACAGAGAACACUGACUACACUGCUUGAGAAAGUAGAGGGGUGCAAAAACAUUAUGGACACCCCAGGCAGGUAUUUAGUGUACAAUGGCGACCUGGUUGAAUAUGAUGUGGACAACAUGGCACAACUUCAAAAAGUGCAUGCCUUCCUGAUGAAUGAUUGCCUUCUCAUUGCCACCUGGUUAGCGAAUCGCCACGGUACAGUGAAGUACAAAUACAAUGCACUGUAUGAUCUGGAGAGCUUUGCAAUCGUCAACGUGAAGGACCACCCCCCAAUGAAGGACAUGUUCAAAAUCCUGAUGUUCCCUGAAAGCCGCAUAUUUCAGGCAGAGAACAGCAAGAUUAAAAAGGAGUGGCUGGAGAUCCUUGAUGAGACAAAGAAAAAUAAAGUGACUAAAGAAAAACACAAGACAGAAGAGGUAGAGGUUCCCAAUUCACCUGUGAGACCAGAGGCCUUGGUCUCAACCAACCCUUUUGAUGACGAAGAGACCAACCCUUUUGACUCAGAGGAGGCAGUGGAUCUGGGCUUGGAGUGGAUCCAGGAGCUUCCCGAAGACCUGGACGUGUGCAUUGCCCAGCGGGACUUUGAAGGUGCCGUGGACCUCCUGGACAAGCUGAAUGAGUACCUGAAGGACCAGCCUGUCAGUCCGAGGGUGAAGGAGCUCAGGGUGAAGGUGGAUGAGCGUGUCCGACAGCUGACAGAGGUGCUGGUGUUUGAGCUCUCUCCUGAUCGUUCCCUCCGUGGGGGACCCAAAGCAACCCGUCGGGCCGUGUCUCAGUUAAUCCGGCUGGGGCAGUCCACCAAGGCCUGUGAGCUCUUCCUGAAGAACCGAGCCGCUGCUGUGCAGACCGCCAUCCGCCAGCUGCGCAUUGAGGGGGCUACUCUGCUCUACAUACACAAGCUCUGCAACAUCUUCUUCACUAGCCUGCUGGAGACGGCCAAAGAGUUUGAGAUGGACUUUGCCGGUAACACAGGCUGCUACUCGGCAUUUGUGGUCUGGUCGCGCUCAUCCAUGAAGACGUUUGUGGAUGCCUUCAGUGGGCAGGUGUUUGACAGCAAGGAGAGCCUCUCCACUGCCGCUGAGUGUGUCAAGGUGGCCAAGGAGCACUGCAAGCAGCUCAGUGAAAUUGGCCUGGACCUCACCUUCACGCUGCAGUCCCUCCUGGUCAAAGACAUCAAGGCAGCCCUGCAGAGCUACAAGGAGAUCAUUAUUGAGGCCACCAAGCACCGCAACUCUGAGGAGAUGUGGAGGAAGAUGAACCUAAUGACUCCAGAGGCUCUGACCAAGCUGAAAGAGGAGAUGCGCAGUUGUGGCAUGAGCAGCUUCAAUCAGUAUACAGGAGACGACUGCUGGGUCAACCUCAGCUACACCAUCGUGGCCUUCACCAAACAGAUGAUGGCUUUCCUGGAGGAGGGACUGAAGCUCUACUUCCCAGAGCUGCACAUGGUACUGCUGGAGAGCCUGAGGGAGAUCAUCCUUGUGGCUGUGCAGCAUGUCGAUUACAGCCUGCGGUGUGAACAGGAGGCAGAGAAGAAAGCUUUCAUUCUCCAAAAUGCCUCCUUCCUGCACGAUACUGUCCUCCCUGUGGUGGAAAAGAGGUUUGAGGAAGGAGUGGGGAAACCUGCUAAGCAAUUACAGGACUUGAGAAAAAGUGCACGGCCCAUUCGUGUCAAUCCUGAUAGCACUAUGUCUCAGGUCUAG